AUGCAUUGAUAGAAGAAUCUGUCAUUGGAGGAAGUUUCUGUUAAUGUUAUGGACCAAGGACUAGGUGAUGGAGUGCUUCCCAGUGAUGCAGCUGAGGAUGCUCACAUCCAGAGCAAAGAGGGCGAAUAUGUAGGAAAACUUGAUAGCCGCAACAUGUUGGGCUCACAAGAAAUGGUCAGACCUGCUGAGAUGAGUUCACUUGAGAGCUCAUUCAAUAUAUUUGGAGAUAUUUUUGAGGGUAAGAAUUCACCUGAGGAUUUAUUGAAACACGCAUGUGCUAGCCAACAUGAUUUGGAUGAUGCAGGUGGCAUGGUUGAAGAGUUAACUGUGAGAAAUUUUAAUAGCUCUAACUUACCUAUGGUUGGUGCAUCCAAUAGCAGAGAAACAAUACAGAUGAGGCAGAACCAAUGGCAACAUGAUUAUCGGUUGGUGGGUGGAUCGGGAAGUGGGACUUCAUAUGGCAACAGGGACAACAGUCAGGUUAUACCUGGCAUCUUUCAGAAUGCAGGGAACACAUCUUUGCCUGAGUGUUUGGAUCAAAAACCAUUGAAUGAUGAACCUAGUGUGGCAGUGGAACAGUUAAUAAGUGGAAGUAAUGGGGUUUCAGGCAAUAUGUCUUCUCAUGGAGGUAUUAAGACAAAGAUUCUAUCUAAAUCUGGAUUUUCUGAAUUUUUUGUUAAAACUACUUUAAAGGGUAAAGGGAUCAUAUGUAGAGGUCAGCCUCAUGAUGGUUAUAGAACUGCGCCUGGAGGUCAGAAUAAUGUAAAAUCUUCUGGACGCCCUCCAGUGGCUCCCAGUGCGAAUCUCAAAGCUGUUGAUGGCCCUAUGGUGGCAUCUCAUGCUUCACAGAGAUUCGGCACCAAAACUGAUAUGACUUCUUCCCAUGGUGUGAAUGGGCCAAGGAGUGUUGAUUGUAAUGAUGAUGGAGUGAGUUUGAGAGAUUGGCUCAAAUCUGAGUGCCAUAAAGCUAAUAAAGCUGAGCGGUUGCAUAUAUUUAGACAAAUUGUGCAACUGGUGGAUAAUUCUCACUCUCAAGGAGUUGUUUUGCAUGAAUUAAAGCCAUCCUUUUUCAAGUUGUUGCAAUCUAAUCGGAUUAAAUAUAUUGGCAUAGAUAUCCAAAAAGAUCACCCAGACAUCCUAGACUUUUCCCCCCCAGACAAUUUCCUGACUAAGAGAAAACUGCCAGAGGAGGGCAAGAUUUGCUCUGUUGGUGGAUGUGCUAAAAAGAAAAAAUUUAAUGAGAGCUUGAAUUUGAAAAGGUGGCCUAUGUUUCAUUCAAGAUCUGCCCUCCAAAUAGAAACUAGAAAAAAUAGUGACAUCAAUAUGACUUGGACUCAUAUUUCCCAGGAUGAAUCAAAUGAACAUCAUGCACAUGUACAGUCUAGCAAUUCCAGCAGUCCUUAUCUAUCUCAUACAACUCAGCAGCAGUCAACCCUUGUAAAUGGGCAAUUGGAAGAUAAAUGGUAUGCAAGUCCAGAGGAGCUCAAUGAUGAAGUUUGCACAAUUUCUUCAAAUGUUUAUAGUCUGGGUGUACUUCUUUUUGAGUUACUUUCCCGUUUUGACUCUGAGAGAGAACAUGCUGCAGCAAUGUCAGAUCUAUGUCAUAGAAUUUUUCCUCCAAAUUUUCUGUCAGAAAAUCUCAAGGAAGCUGGAUUUUGUCUACAGCUACUUCAUCCUGAACCUUCAUUGCGCCCAACAACCAGGGAUGUACUAAAGUCUGAAGUAAUUAGUGGGUUCCAGGAGGUGCUUGCCAAAGACCUAUCAUCAUCCUUUGACCAAGAAGAUGCUGAUUCAGAACUAUUAUUUCAUUUCCUUGUUUCAUUGAAAGAUCACAUGCAGAAGCAUGCAUCCAAGUUAGUGGAAGAUAUUGAGUGCUUGGAAGCAGAUAUCAAAGAGAUUGAGAGAAGGCACCAUUGUGAAAACCCUCUGGUUCAUCCUUUGGUCAAUACAAGGGAAAUCAGGCACCUUGGUAAAGAACUAUUAGUUUCUGAGUUGCAUGGUACUUCAUCCCCCAGCUCCAAGACAAACGAAAUCGGGUUAAUGAGAAAUAUUAGCCAGCUCAAAACUGCUUAUUUUUCCAUGAGAUCCAAAAUCCAGCUUCAUGAGACUGAUUCUACAACAAGACAAGAUAAGGAUGUACUAAGAAACCACAAUAACUGGUCUUUGGCACAGAACGAUGAAGAAAUACAUAAACCUACUGAUUGUCUUGGAGACUUCUUUGAUGGUUUGUGCAAGUAUGCUCGUUAUGGUAGGUUUGAAGUGCGUGGGUUACUGAGAAGCGGGGAGUUCAAUAAUUCUGCAAAUGUAAUCUGUUCUCUGGGUUUUGACCGGGAUGAGGAUUAUUUUGCUGCUGCGGGGGUAUCAAAGAAAAUAAAGAUAUUCGAGUUUAAUUCAUUCUUCAACGACACUGUUGAUAUUCAUUAUCCAGUCAUCGAAAUGUCAAACAGAUCAAAACUCAGCUGUAUUUGUUGGAACAGCUAUAUCAAGAGCUACCUCGCUUCAACAGACUAUGAUGGCAUGGUUAAGUUAUGGGACGUAAGCACUGGUCAAGCAGUCAAUCAAUACAUUGAACAUGAAAAGAGGGCUUGGUCUGUUGACUUUUCUCGAGUUUACCCAACAAAAUUAGCCAGUGGGAGUGAUGAUUGUUCUGUGAAACUCUGGAGCAUUAAUGAGAAAGGUUGCUUGGGGACAAUCAGGAAUGUUGCAAAUGUCUGCUGUGUUCAGUUCUCUGCUCACUCCACUCAUAUGCUGGCCUUUGGAUCUGCAGAUUAUAAAACAUAUUGCUAUGAUCUUCGGAAUACCAGAGCUCCCUGGUGUGUACUGACUGGCCAUACAAAAGCUGUGAGCUAUGUGAAAUUCCUAGACUCUGAAACUAUAGUUACUGCUUCCACUGACAAUACAUUGAAGCUAUGGGACCUCAAUAAAACCAAUAGUGGUGGUCCAUACAAUGCUUGUGGCUUAACCUUUCGUGGGCAUACUAAUGAGAAGAACUUUGUGGGUCUAUCUGUUGCUGAUGGUUAUAUCGCUUGUGGUUCAGAAACAAAUGAGGUUUAUUCUUACUAUAGAUCACUACCUAUGCCAAUCACUUCCCACAAGUUUGGUUCCAUUGAUCCUAUUUCUGGGAGAGAGACAGAAGAUGACAACGGGUUGUUUGUUUCAAGUGUCUGCUGGAGAGGGAAAUCAGACAUGAUUGUUGCUGCCAAUUCAAGUGGAUGCAUUAAACUGUUGCAGAUGGUCUAAGGUGAGGGUUAAUUGCUGAGAACGGUUAAUUUCUGGAGUGUCUUUCCACAGCUGAGAACUAUCAAGUCAUUUCCCAGAUGCCUUUCCAAGUUAAGCUGUGAAGCCAUAUGCCAGAGAUGGAAGGACUCAAGUCAAUUCAGUGGAAAAUGUUUUAUCGUCUCACAUAAGCAGGUUGCAAUGAUCCCAUUUAGCUGGAGCCCAAGAUUAAAAGAAUCAAACUGUAAAAUCUAGAAAGCAAAUUUUGAGAUGAAAAUAAACUGGCAGAACAGCAGUUUUUCAGCUCAAUGCUUCAAUCACAAGGUUCUGACGUGUUGGUACGUGCCCCUUACUGCCGUAAAUGCUCCAAAGCCACUGAUGUUCCAAUAAAAAAGAAAGUAUUUUUGCUCGUAAGAUUAGCUCAUAUAUAUAUAUAUAUAUAUAUAUUGUAUAAAUCUUUUUCCCAAUUUCAAGGAAUUCUUUAUUGGAUUGUAUCUGACCACUAAAUGUAAUAAGUUCACCUCUGUAAAGUUACAAAUUUUGAUGUAUAUGUUACAUCUUUGAGGAUUACACACUAUAAACUUUAUCGGUCUAC